AUGAUUGCUGGCAGUGCAUUGUUGCGCAGUGUGAUGCGCACAUCGGUGCCUCGUACUCAUACCAUGCCCGUCUCUGUGCAUGCGCACGCGUUCCAUGCCUCGGCACAGGCAUCGCGUGUGGUCGGAACGCAGCCUCUGCGUGCCAAGGCCAUGUCGAGUGCGCCCGGUGUGCCUGAUCUCACGAAGGGCUACCCUGUGAUCGAGCACGAAUAUGAUGCUAUUGUUGUGGGUGCUGGUGGUGCAGGUCUGCGUGCCGCGUUCGGUCUCGCCGAGGGUGGUCUUAACACCGCUUGUAUCUCCAAGCUUUUCCCUACUCGUUCUCAUACUGUGGCUGCGCAGGGCGGUAUCAAUGCCGCCCUCGGUAACAUGACGGAGGAUGACUGGCGCUGGCACAUGUACGACACCGUCAAGGGCUCUGACUGGCUUGGUGACCAGGACGCCAUUCACUAUAUGUGCCGUGAGGCGCCGAACACGGUGCUGGAGCUGGAGCACUACGGCUUGCCCUUUUCGCGUACGAAGGAAGGCAAGAUCUACCAGCGUGCAUUCGGUGGCCAGUCGCUCCAUUAUGGCAAGGGUGGACAGGCGUACCGCUGUGCCGCCGCUGCCGACCGCACAGGCCACGCCAUGCUUCAUACGCUUUACGGUCAGUCACUGCGCCACAACACCACGUACUUCAUCGAGUUCUUUGCGCUGGAUCUGAUCAUGGAAGAUGGCGAGUGUGUCGGUGUCACUGCCCUCAACCUCGAGGACGGCACGAUCCAUCGCUUCCGCGCUCACCGCACCGUGCUUGCUACGGGUGGUUUCGGUAAAGCGUACUUCAGUGCCACGAGCGCCCAUACCUGCACGGGUGACGGUCUCGCCAUGGUUUCGCGUGCUGGUCUGCCGCUCCAGGACCUUGAGUUUGUGCAGUUCCACCCUACGGGUAUUUACGGCGCUGGCUGUCUGAUUACGGAGGGCUCGCGUGGUGAGGGUGGUUACCUCCUCAACUCGGAGGGUGAGCGCUUCAUGGAGCGCUACGCUCCUACCGCUAAGGACCUUGCGUCGCGAGACGUUGUGUCGCGUUCGAUGACGAUGGAAAUCCGUGAGGGCCGCGGUGUGGGUCCCGAAAAGGACCACAUUUACCUGCAGCUUUCUCAUCUGCCCGCCUCUGUUCUGCACGAGCGCCUGCCGGGUAUUUCGGAGACGGCUAGUAUUUUCGCCGGUGUGGACGUGACGAAGCAGCCGAUCCCGGUGCUGCCCACUGUCCACUACACCAUGGGCGGUAUUCCAACGCGCUACACUGGUGAGGUGCUUACGCAGGAUGAGAACGGCAACGACAAGGUUGUGCCUGGCCUUUACGCUGCUGGUGAGGCCGCCUGUGUGUCGGUGCACGGUGCCAACCGUCUCGGUGCCAACUCGCUGCUCGACAUUGUUGUGUUUGGUCGUGCUUGUGCCAACCACAUUCGCGAGAACCUCGAACCCGGCAAGCCUCACAAGGAGCUCAAGGGUGACAAUGGCCACCAGGCUAUCAACGACCUCGACGCGCUGCGCACGGCUGACGGUCCGCGCUCGACGGCUGAUAUUCGUCUCCAGAUGCAGCGUGUCAUGCAAUCGGAUGCUGCUGUGUUCCGUACGCAGAACUCGCUGGAGGAGGGUGUGAGCAAGAUUAACGACGUGGUGGCCGAGUUCCCCAAGGUCUCUGUCAAGGACCGCGGCCUGAUCUGGAACACCGACCUGACAGAGACACUUGAGCUUCGCAACCUGCUGUGCACUGCUACCCAGACGAUGCACUCGGCAGAGGCGCGUAAGGAGUCGCGUGGCGCUCAUGCCCGUGAGGACUUUACGGAGCGUGACGAUGAGAACUGGAUGAAGCACACGCUCUCGUGGUUUGAUGAAGAGUCCGGUAAGGUGAACCUGAAGUACCGCAACGUGAUCAGCGACACGCUUGAUCAGAACGAGUGCAAGUCUGUGCCUCCGUUCAAGCGUACGUACUAA